AUGAGAAAGAAGCUUGAACGGCUCAAAAUGAUGCCUGGAGAUGGCAUUCCAAUAAGCGUCGAUGAUUUGGAAGGGGAUUUUGAUCCUAAGGAGUAUGAUAAGCGAAUGCAAAUGACUAGAAAGGGUGUCGUUUUAGGAGCAACUUUGAUAAUAUUUGCUGUCAUUAUCAUUUUAACCUAUCACGGCGACAAACGACUAGCAGCGGUCGAUUCGGUAUAUACAAGACUUUCCAACUUGACGCAAAUGUUCGGAGUGGCGCAAACAGCAAAUGAUUCCGAAACUACCAGAAGUUGGGUCAGGGAGUACUAUUCUAGACAAGCAGCGGAUAGAAUUCGUGCUUUGGAUACAAUUACAGGGAGCAUUACUAACUUUGCUUCAUUGUACAACACAAUGGUACCUGAGGUGUACUGCCCGGCUUUGGUUCGAGUGGGCACUGUGUUGGAUGGGGGAAAAUUUGUAUGUAAUCCGCACGAUAUGCCAAAAAAUUGUAGUAUAUACUCACUUGGUCUGAACAAUGAAAUUUCUUUUGACGUGGACAUCCAAGAGUUCAAUAACUAUACUUGCCGGAUAUAUGGAUACGAUAGGGAUAUCCAAGCAGCUGAAAUUUCGAUACGCUACAAAGAAGUGAAUGGGGAAGUUGAAAGUGUUACAAUAUCACCGAAGACAAACGUUACGAAAAAUGAGUAUUUUCUCGGCGAUCUUCUAAUCAAGAACAAGGAUACAUACGCAGAGAUUCUCAAAAUGGACAUAGAAUAUGCUGAACAUAAAACACUGAUACCAUUUUUACAAAGAUUCUCAGUUUGUCAGAUACUCCUGGAGAUACAUGGCAAACCAAUACAGCACGUGACCUUACUACAUCAAAUCGCAGAAUUGGAUUAUGCAUUGUUCUCAUAUGAAGUUAAUGGAUAUUCUUUGGAAGCGUGUGAAUAUUCAUUUAUAAACCUUAAUUGUAUGGCACGAUACGGAGCUACAAUAUGGAAACUAUAUUUGAAACACGUGAACCCAUCAGAAAUGUAG